AAGACCGAGAGUCUAGUUUGGAAAGUCCCAAAUAGGCAACAGUUUCUGGCGAUCCAGAUGGAACCCUGAACUCGGACUGGACCUCGCUCGGGAAACCAUCGCAGCCGAAGGGACUCGCUACACGGACUCCAGCACCCACCGGUGGGAUUACCCGCUGGCGAACCCCCGUUUGUGACUGGCUGAUGAAUUACACAUGCCCUCCCUGCCAGAGAUGAUGUUUGGGGACAAUAUCCUAAGGAUACAGCAUAAUCAUGGUUUUGGAAUUGAGUUCAAUGCAACAGAUGCUUUAAAAUGUGUCAAUAAUUGUCAAGGUAUGAUCAAAGUGGCUUGUGCAGAGGAGUGGCAAGAGAGCAGGAGUGAGCCUGAACACACUAAGGAAGUUGUCAAGCCAUAUGAUUGGACUUACACAACAGACUACAAAGGAACACUGCUGGGAGAUACUGCAACGUUAAAGGUUGUUCCUACAACAGAACACAUAAAUACAGAAAAGUUGAAAGCACGGGAACAAAUUAUGUUUUUUGAAGAAGUACUUCUGUUCGAAGAUGAACUUCAUGAUCAUGGAGUAUCAAGUUUGAGUGUAAAAAUAAGAGUUAUGCCUUCCAGCUUUUUUGUCCUGUUGAGGUUUUUCUUGCGAGUAGAUGGGGUACUUAUCAGGAUGAAUGAUACAAGGCUUUAUCAUGAGGCUGACAAGGCAUACAUGUUGCGAGAGUAUACCUCCAGAGAAAGCAAAAUAUCAAGUUUAAAGCAUGUUCCACCUUCCCUGUUCACGGAACCUAAUGAGAUCUCUCAGUAUCUACCUGUAAAGGAGACAAUCUGUGAAAAACUAGAAUUCCCAGAGAAGGUGGAGCCUAAACCAGAAGCGUCACUGGAAACCACGUGUGUUAAGUCUAAAUAAAUGUGACUUUAUAUGGACUUGAAAUAAACUGGAGGUAACAUGAUCAUGUAACCAUUGCCUUGGGAGGCAGUUUCACUACUAGUGGAAUAAAGAAUUCGGCUAAUUUUCUAUAGCCCUGAGAGAAAACAUUUCAAGCA